AUGCUUGAUACCCUCAAUGGCGAUCCGUGGGCAGUCCUCGCUCCGCUUGUACCCGAUGGCGACAUUCAGCCGGUGGUAGCUGAGCUUUCGAAAGCGCUGCCAGAAGUGAUUGGCCACGUGUUAUCCGAGCUCCGAGACCAGCUCCGACGCCACCAACACCCGCUUUCCAAUAGUGACAGCGCCACCUACAAGUUCCUUGUCCACACCUAUUUACAAUGUCUUAUGUUGCCCAAUGCUCCCAAAGAGGCCGUACACCUCCACCAAUUGCUUCCUUUACUUAACCAGUUGUAUCUGGAGGUGUAUUCAGCGUGUCAUCUGAUGGUGAUGAUGAUCGUGGUCAAAUUGCUCAAAGACUCGCCCGAUUCGACUCGGGAAGUGAUUCAAGACUACUUGGAAGUGGAGUACGAUCAGGACCACAUGGAUACGGUCACUUACCUCAAUUUUAUCCAAGUUAUGACGGAAUUGUUCCCGUUAGUGCCUGAAAUCGUGGUGCCCAUAUACACCGAUAAACACAAGUGCCAGCGCCAUAUCGACGACAAAUUGGCCACUAAUAGUCACGACACGUUACUCAUCACUGUGACACUUGAGUUGUUCUCGGCGCUGUGUAUUAAUGACGAGUGCCGUAACUUCAACUUACAGUACGUGCCUGCGCUUAAACAAGCGAUGGAGAGUCGAGUGGACUCAGUGAGACUCUUGGCUACAGUGUGCGUGAUUAAGUUGUGGAAUUUCAUCAAGACUAAGGAUAUCCCCGUGGAGAAACUUGCGCAAGAGCUUAUGGUCAAUUUAGACCGCGUGGAGGCAAUUGAAGGGUUAGCGUACUUGCUGCUUAACCUGAAGGUGAAACUGUUAGUUCGUCGUGAUGAACAGGCCAUCGACAAAAUCUUGAAUGCGGUGAAAACUGAUGCUUAUGGGGCAUUAGUGGUACUUGCCAAUUUGACACUGGUGGGGGAACAAACCACUCAGCUGAGGUUCAAACAGGCGAUGACCCCUGGAGCGGCUCCUGAUGACUCUGGUGAGGACUCCAAAGUGGCCGUUGACCGGUUUAACCACGCUCUUCUCUUCCAACACCCGUUAAUUGCCACCAUUGCCAAAGUGCCUGAUUCCUCUGCUGUCGUCGACCGCGUGGUUACCGUGAUCUAUAAUGUGGCUAACGUGUUUGAACCGAGUCAGCAACGUGUUGUCCGAGCUGAGUUGGUGAAACAGGGGGCUUUGAAAGUGGUGGUUAAUUACUUGGGCAAAUAUCUGAAAGUGGAAAAGCUCAAGCUCGAUACGCGUCCCUUAGAAGGUACCGACGUUGAUCUGAGGCUUAAUGCGAUUAGAGCAAUGGCGAAAAUGGUGAUUUCCACUAAUCCAGCGUUGGCGUUUGGCCUGAUUGACGCUAAGCUGAGUGUCCCGUUUUUGAUAGAGUUAUUGGGGCCCAAUAUCUCCCAGUACCAAGGGCAACUCCAAUCCAAGCCUAGUGGUGCUAACGACGGCUAUUUAUACGAGAAAGUGACUCAAGUCGACAAGUACGACGCUAUUCUCGCCCUCACCAACCUCACGCUGUUGCCUGAUAAACAGCUCCGCGUUUUGAUCAUCAGUCGUACGUUUGACGACUACCUCACCCAUUUAAUUAUUGACCUGGACCACCCGCCAUUACAACGAGCGGCGUGGGAGCUUGUGCUGAACCUCAUUUCCGAGCCGGCGAUGCUCGCCAAAUUUUUCAAUUUGGAGCUUCCCGAGAACGAGAAGAGACUUCAAUUGCUUAUAAAGCUUCUUGAUGCGUCAGACGUCAAGCUCCAGUGCGUGAUUGCUGGCUUAUUGGCCAAUGCCACGUCAGAAUACGAUAUGAUCACCCAAUUGCUUGUGACUACGGAGUCCGUAAAGACUCCUUUGCUCAAGAUUAUCAGCCAUAUCUUGCUCAACGAAACCUCCGAAUCGGAUUUGGUGCUACGGGUGGCGUACGUGGUGUCGAACUUGGUAUAUUGCGCCGCCAACCACGGCGUGAACUUGGGUGAUGCCGAGUUGAAGCAGGCACUCGCGGUGACUCCGGGAGGAGAGGCCCAGGAAGUGCUUGCCGACGCUGCCCGGGUGUUGACCCAGUCAGCUAAAUAA